CGGGGAGGGAGGUCUCUGGAACCCGAGUGACGUCAGCUCCCCGCUCAGUCCCUGCUUGGAGUCCCCGGGCAUGGUGUGAGCGGCCGAGAGCGAGCCCCGGCCGGGACGAGCGGCGGUCGAUGGUUUACAAGGCUGCCUAGGGAGAAGGUGCCGCGGAACUUUUGGGAAGGGACGCGGCUGUUUUCCAUCCAGUUUGUAUUGCAGUUGCUAAGUAUGUUGAACGUGAUGGUAACAACUGGAGUUCCACGCUAACACGAGCAAUGCUGCUAUAACAGAGCCCCUGCAGGAAUCCAAAGCACCACCCGUCAGACCAGCGCUACGGCUGCUAAUGUGGCUGGCAGCUGUACUGCAUGACUACAGAGACGCCCUCCUUUUGGACAAGGUUCUGCCCCAGCCCUGGCUGGAACUGGCCGCUGGACAUUUUAUUUUGGACACAGGCUUUAGAAGCGAGUACCCUUGAGAAGCAGGAAGAUGAUGAGUGACGCAAGUGACAUGCUGGCUGCAGCUUUGGAACAGAUGGAUGGCAUUAUAGCAGGUUCCAAGGCUUUGGAGUAUUCCAAUGGUAUAUUUGAUUGUCAGUCCCCUACCUCUCCAUUCAUGGGGAGCCUGCGAGCACUGCACCUUGUGGAGGAUUUGCGUGGUUUAUUAGAGAUGAUGGAAGCAGAUGAAAAAGAAGGACUGCGAUGUCAGAUCCCAGAUUCCACAGCAGAAGCUUUGAUUGAAUGGCUCCAAAGCCAAAUGACUAAUGGACAUAUAUCUGGUAAUGGAGAUGUAUAUCAAGAAAGGCUAGGGCGUCUGGAAAAUGACAAGGAAUCUCUUGUUCUGCAAGUAAGUGUACUUACUGACCAGGUGGAAGCACAAGGAGAAAAGAUUCGAGAUUUAGAGUUCUGCCUAGAGGAGCACAGGGAGAAGCUGAAUGCCACAGAAGAGAUGCUGCAGCAGGAACUUCUGAGUAGAACAUCUCUUGAAACUCAGAAAUUGAACCUUAUGACAGAAAUUUCCAAUUUGAAGCUAAAGCUAACCGCUGUAGAGAAGGACCGAUUAGACUACGAAGACAGAUACGGAGACACAGAGGGUUUGAUGCAGGAAAUCAAUGAAUUACGGUUAAGAGUGGGAGAGAUGGAUAAUGAAAGACUUCAGUACGAGAAGAAGCUUAAAUCCACCAAAUCUUUAAUGGCCAAACUUUCUAGCAUGAAAAUCAAAGUGGGUCAGAUGCAGUAUGAAAAGCAGCGGAUGGAGCAAAAAUGCCAGAUAUUAAAGGAUGAACUGGCAUCUUUGAAAGAGAAAUUGGAACAGAAGGAAGCAGAAGUAAGAAAGUUACAAGAAAAAUUGGUUUGCAAGAUGAAAGGAGAAGGAGUUGAAAUAACUGACAGAGAUGAAAAUUGUAAAAAGAAGCUCAAAGACAAAAAUAUAGAGGUACAGAAAAUGAAGAAGGCUGUGGAGUCUCUAAUGGCGGCAAAUGAAGAAAAGGAUCGGAAGAUAGAAGAGCUGCGACAAUCCCUGAAUCGGUAUAAGAAAGUGCAAGACAUGGUAAUAUUGGCUCAGGGAAAAAAAGGCAAAGAAGGCGAAUGUGAAGAAUUUUUAAAUUCAGGAUCUGUUUCAGCGGUUUUAUUGGACAUGCAGAGUUUAACUGAGCAAGAGAAAAGCCCAUCUCCUGUCCCAGGAAUCAGCUCUCCGAGCCAUGAAGAGUUUAACACCACUGUUCCCGAAGAGAAUUCACUACAGAUUCACACCAGCAUCUUGCAAGUUUCAAUCCCUGCUUUUCCACCAGCACCCAAAAGCUCAGAAGCAGCUACAGAAAAAGUAAAAGCACAGCCUAAACCAGAAGUUGCGAGUGAAGUGAGUGAAGAGACAGCACCAUGUUCCUCCGUAGAAACACAGCCAUGUGACAGUCCAUUAGCGUCACCGCUGCAAAAAUCCAGCAGUCUGGGCAAUUUGAAGAAAGAGGCAUCAGAAGUGGACGAAGAACCUGUACAGAAACCAGCAGAGACUAAAGCUUCCGUGGAAGGUAACAAGUGUGGAACCCUCCCUCCAAAAUCCCCAAGCCAUAGUGGUACCGGAGAUGAGGACAGUUUUGGUACCCGGAAAGCCAGAUCUUCAUUUGGACGAGGCUUUUUCAAGAUAAAAAAUAACAAGAGGACAGCAAGUGCACCUAAUUUGGAUCGCAGUCGAAGUGCAAGUGCACCUACCUUAGCUGAAACAGAAAAGGGAUCUGCAGAUCACUUGGACCUAGCUGGUUUGCCCCCUCGACCGAAAGAAACCGAUAGUGGGCAGAUGUCUCCCUCUUCUCCAGACUCCAAGAAGAAAGCCAGAGGAAUCAAGAAACUAUUUGGAAGGCUUAAAAGGAGCCAGUCUACCACAUUUAACCCAGAUGAUAUGUCUGAGGCAGAAUUCAAAAGAGGAGGGACAAGAGCGACUGCAGGACCGAGACUGGGCUGGUCUCGAGACCUUGGACAGUCUAACAGUGACCUGGAUAUGCCAUUUGCUAAAUGGACAAAGGAGCAAGUUUGCAACUGGCUCCAGGGCCAGGGUUUAGGUUCAUACAUGAAUCAUGGCAAACACUGGAUACUGUCUGGGCAGACUCUCUUGCAAGCUUCUCAGCAGGAUCUGGAAAAGGAACUUGGAAUAAAGCAUCCACUGCAUCGGAAGAAACUUCAGCUUGCUCUUCAGGCACUGGGGUCAGAAGAAGAAAACAAUCAUGGAAAACUGGAUUACAACUGGGUUACCAGGUGGUUGGAUGAUAUUGGACUUCCACAGUAUAAGACUCAAUUUGAUGAAGGAAGGGUGGAUGGUCGAAUGCUCCAUUACAUGAGUGUUGAUGACUUGCUGUCCUUGAAAGUUGUUAGUGUCCUUCACCAUCUUAGCAUCAAAAGAGCCAUUCAGGUCCUGAGAAUAAAUAACUUUGAACCCAACUGUCUGCGCAGGAGGCCAUCUGAUGAGAACAAUAUCACCCCAUCAGAAGUUACUCAGUGGACCAAUCACCGUGUAAUGGAGUGGUUACGCUCAGUUGACCUAGCAGAAUAUGCACCUAAUUUGAGAGGGAGUGGUGUGCAUGGUGGACUUAUGGUCUUGGAACCUCGUUUUAAUGUGGAAACCAUGGCACAGUUGCUGAACAUCCCACCAAACAAGACGCUGCUGAGACGCCAUUUGGCGACCCAUUUCAAUUUACUGGUUGGUCAGGAUGCCCAACAUCAAAAGCGUGAAGCCAUGGAAUCUCCAGACUAUGUCCUUUUAACGGCUACUGCCAAAGUGAAGCCAAAGAAGCUUGCCUUCAGCAAUUUUGGAAGUCUGAGGAAGAAGAAGCAGGAUGAUGUGGAAGAGUAUGUGUGCCCGAUGGAACUGGGACAGGCAUCUGGAAGUGGGUCUAAGAAAGGAUUUAAGGCUGGCUUGGAUAUCCGAGUGUAUGACGAUGACGAUUUGGAUAGACUGGAGCAGAUGGAAGAUUCGGAAGGGACAGUGAGGCAAAUAGGAGCAUUCUCUGAAGGCAUCAACAACUUGACACACAUGUUAAAAGAAGACGAAAUGUUUAAAGACUUUGCUACUUGCUCUCCUUGCGCCAGUAUAACAGAUGAAGAUUCAAAUGUGUGACCAUAACUGCCGAAUACCAGUAAAGAAUUCAGUUUCUUAUAUGCUAGGAACAUCGUCGUUAUAUGUGAUGGGCAGCAGAUCAUGUACAUUACAUUGUUCUUGCUUCUGUUUGUUAGAAGUGAUAUUUUUGAGUGGAUAAGGAGAAAAGGUGCCUAUUCUAAAGUUGCCAUAAAAAAUAAACCAACCAGACACUGGUGAGCGGCAGUGUAAUUGUUUUUACUAUAUUUAAUGUACAAACCUGUGACAUAUAUUCCAAAGUAUUGCAUUUACAAUGGGCUGCCAUAAUGCUCUUUAUGCUUAUUCGUGUUGUGAAAUGUGCGGUUUCAAAAUAAUAGGAAACAUUCAACUUGUAAAUAACCUGUAUCAGCAUUCAGUGUGGCUUUCAGCUGAAAAAAGAUAUCACUGGUGUCCUAUUUUAAUGGAUUUGUCCAAAGUAAAUACCAGUUCUUUCGUUUCGUAUCCAGCGUAGGCCUCCGGGCCCCACUGCCCUACACAAAACUCAAGGUAACUCUUGACUGUUGCUGUCUUAUUUUUAUACUGUUUUAUAUAUAAAAAAAAAUUAUAUGAAGUGCAUGUAAAGCAGAAGUUUUAUUUUGUGACAUAAAGUGGUGAAAGGUUCAAUUGUUUUUUAAAGGGAUGAUCCCAGUUUGCAAACCAGCUGGUUACUGGAAAAGUCGUACUGACCUUUGAACUGUUUACUUCCUUUUGUUUUUAAUUUUUGCAACGUGUCGUCAACAUUCUUAUGUUUUGGAUGAAGCUAUUGUGAAAUGUAGAUCUGCUUGCAUCACAUUUCUAAAUCUGUAAUAUCUGAAAUUUCUCUUCUUUUCUUUUUUCCUCCAGCAGCAACUAUUAACAUUAAAGUAAGGUUUUAAUGGUAUUAAAAAUAUUCUGGAAAAUUCACAGCUUGAAAUUGAGGAAUGCUCAGUGUGGGGAAGGAUAUUUCUGUAUUGUGUUUCCAAUAGGAUGGCUUGUAUAGUUGCAAAAGUUAUGUAGAGAAACAUAUAGGAAAUGUAUAAUUUCCCAGCAUUAAACCUAAGGCAGGGUUUUGCCGCAAGAAUAAGUCCAAUACCAAAACACACGUUGCCUAAUACUUAUGCCUCUGUAAAGCACUGCUCCUUUUCUGCUUUGAAAUAAUCAGGUUUCUAAAAUUCUGACUAGCCAGUGAAAAUCUUGUGUCCGACAUUCUACAGAGCUUGAUAGUUCUUAUCAAAAAAUGCUAGCUCUUUGUCUGUUAAAAUGAUGAUUGUUAAGGUGUUGAAUGUUGCAUGUAUUGUAACACAAUGGCAUGAUGCUUCAUUACUUGUGGGGAAAAAAACUACAGCUAGAUUAAUUAUUUUACCAUGUUGUUUGCUUUAACAGAAGGGUUUCAUCAUGCUUUUCGUCAUCGUUCUUGUUACAAGCAUUGGGAAGGACGCUGUUCUAGAUAAGUUGGUUAUUACAGUCUAACCAAUGUUAGAUUUAUGGCAAUUUCAAUACAUCUGAUGUAUUGUUACAGAAGUUGGGAAGGCAAUCGAGACGUUAUCAAGAUUUUUAAUAUGGGCUUCUACAAGUUGCUGGGAGGGAUUUGAGACUUUUUGACGGUUAGCAGUAUAACCGUGUACGCUGUUACCAGUCUGGUUUUUUACAGGAUGGGCAGCCCAGGUUUAUAUUUAUUUAUAACUACAAUAACUUCAAUAGAACCAAUUACGUUAUGCAUUACAUUGAACUUUGCCAUUCGUUGCUUACUAACUAGAGCCUGGCAAAUAAUUCAUAAUGAAUUAUUUAUUCAUUAUUCAAAAUUAUUGAUGGAAUAAUUUCUGCAAAUAAUUCUUGGUCUAUAGCUUGAUCGUCAGCAAUUUCUUGUGAUGGUUUGAUAUCUGAGCUAUUUUGAUUGGACAGCUAGGUCACGUGGUAAGCGUCUGUUCCCUGACUGGCUAAGUGUAACACUUAGAAUAAGGUCUCCAGUGUGAAUACUUGUGAAUUUGAAGUUUGCUUUCUGUGAAUAUUCUGCAGUAUAAUUACUGUUUGUUUUGAAAUAGUGCCCAACCAGGGAUCCGGGUCCUGUUGUGCUAGGCACUGCACAAACACAAGAAGACAUGGGCCCCUGCCCUUGGGAACCAACAGUUGCUUAAAAUUCACUCAUUUGCAAACUCUCUUGGAAGUGAGCACAAUAGUUAAAACAUUCACAGAAAGAGAUCCCAAGGGGAUUAGAAACAUACAUAUUGAAACAAAUAUUCACAGAAAGCUGUUUUUUUCCCCCAUUCAGCCCUAUCAAUAAGCCUAUUGAGAGCUUUAGAUGUUCAUUUGUUUUUAAUUUUAAUGUAAAUAGAGGUCUUUUCAAAAAUCAUUCUUUUCAGCAGUUUACUGGUUGGAAAAAGGCCAUCCUAUCCAAGCUACCUAUCAUCUGAACUUUGAUUAUUUUAUGGAGAGAGUAAUAUAAAUGCUAAAAUAAAGUCAGGAAGUUAAAACAAACAUACACUUAUGAUAUUUUAAAUUUUGUGUGUAAAGAGGGGCAACAUAAACUAAUAUGUAUUGCUGUGUAAAAGCAAAUAAAGUCUGUUGGAAAAUGCCAAA